CGUCAGAUGUGAAACGACGAUGGAUUGAACGGAUUUUAUCCGGUGGACAAUAGUAUCUCAAAACUGAAAAUGAUGUCUGAUACAAGGAACUGCUGCGGUUAUCAACGACUCUGAAGCAGGGUCCGGUAAUGGAGCUAGUACUAAAUCUGUGUGUAAAUAUUCGCGUAGAGAACAAUCCAAUCAGCGCCAGAGAUUACAAGCUUGUUCACGCGGGAAGAAGAAGCCGACUCCGACAGGCUCAAUUCCGAUUUAAAUCCCGAAACACCGACAUUGGUACGACGACGUCGACCACCAGUACCGUAAGCAGAUAUUCUGUAUCUUCGAAGAAAGAACAACUCUGGAUUAGUGAACUAGAGGACGCGAGACUCGAAGAAGAAGAUAACGAUGGUUAUGAACUCGACUCGGGAUUUUUGUCGUUGAGCGAGAAGCCCGACAGGAAUAUGGCCUUGCUAGACGACUACGAGAUUGAGGAACUUGAUUACAGUGACCCUAACCACCAUAGCGGAUAUGUUGCUUUAGUUGGCAAGCCAAAUGUUGGAAAGAGUACACUUUCAAACCAAAUGAUAGGUCAGAAGUUGUCUAUAGUUACAGAUAAACCUCAGACUACAAGGCAUCGGAUUCUUGGAAUAUGUUCUGCCCCAGAGUAUCAGAUGAUACUUUAUGACACACCUGGUGUUAUUGAGAAGCAAAUGCACAAAUUGGAUUCUAUGAUGAUGAAGAAUGUCCGUAGUGCUGCCAUAAGUGCCAACUGCGUUCUAGUCCUUGUUGAUGCAUGUAAAGUGCCUGAGAAAAUUGACGAAGUGUUGGAAGAAGGCAUUGGAAACCUUCAAGAUAAGCCACCCACAUUACUGGUUUUGAAUAAAAAGGAUCUGAUCAAACCUGGGGAAAUUGCAAAGAAAAUCGAGUGGUAUGAGAAAUUUACAGAUGUAGACGAGGUGAUCCCUGUGAGUGCCAAGUAUGGUCAUGGAGUCGACGAUGUCAAGGAUUGGAUACUAUCGAAACUUCCAACUGGGCCAGCUUAUUAUCCGAAGGACAUUGUUAGCGAGCAUCCAGAAAGAUUCUUUGUAGCUGAAAUUGUGAGAGAAAAGAUCUUCAUGCAAUAUCGUAAUGAAGUUCCAUAUGCCUGUCAGGUGAACGUGGUGAACUACAAAAACAGAGAAAAUGCGAAAGAUUUUAUUCAAGUGGAGGUGGUUGUUGAGAGGAAUUCGCAAAAGAUUAUUCUCAUUGGAAAACAAGGAAAGGCUUUGAAAUUGCUUGCAACAGCUGCUCGGCUUGACAUCGAAGACUUCUUACAGAAGAAAGUUUAUCUUGAGGUAGAAGUGAAAGUAAAAGAGAAUUGGAGGCAAGAUGAACGGCUUCUGAAGAAUUAUGGCUAUGGGGGCCAAAUACGAGCACUGUAACGUAAUUUAUUUUGUCGAAACUUAAGGUUAUGUGGUUGUAGGAUCAUAUAAUUUCAAAAUCAGUUUUUCUAAUCCUGCAAUGUUAAUUUACAGUCAGUUCUGUUCUUUCCUGUCCAUAUGGUAGCCUUUACAUCAAAACUUGUUACUAGUUAUG